UCUCCCUCUAUAUUUUUCAACGCCCCUUCGUUGAAUCGCGAUGUCGGCUGGGUUGCAGUGCGACGGGUGCCUGGAAUAUGUAAUUUAUUUGUACUAAUGCCUAACUUAAAUGGUUCUCGUGCACUGCCGUUGCGUUUCUAAGUUACUUGUUUGUGUUUUUGUGUUUUGUGACUAAUUUCAAGAGACUGCAAUGAGCGUCACAACGGUGCAAAGAGGCGCAGUGGAGCCUCUUCCGAUAUCUGACUUGACACCCGGGGAGCAGCAGCUGCUGGCAGAGAUUCGACAGCGGAAGGCAGAGCUGCUUCAGGAAAUCGAACAGCUCAAAGGGGAGAUUGAAAGUGUGGCCCUGGAGCUGGAGCGGCUGGAGGCCCAGGCCCCUGAGGGGCCCAGGGGUACAGCUGCUGCCAGGGCCAAGCAACUCUCUAUUGGAAAGAAAAAGUUUAACAUGGACCCUAAGAAGGGCAUAGAGUACCUCCUGGAACAUGGCCUUCUGCGUCCCGACGACCCUCGUGAAGUGGCGCGGUUCCUUUACAAUGGACAGGGCCUCAAUAAGACUGCCAUAGGUGACUACCUGGGCGAACGUGCGGACUUCAACAUGCGCGUUCUGGAUGCCUUCGUCGAGCUCCACGACUUUGCAGAUCUCAUCCUCGUGCAGGCUUUGCGGCAGUUCCUCUGGAGUUUCCGUUUGCCGGGUGAGGCGCAGAAGAUAGACCGCAUGAUGGAAAAGUUUGCUCAACGCUACUGCCAGCUGAACCCCGGAGUGUUCAGCAACACGGACACGUGCUAUGUGCUCAGCUUCGCUGUGAUCAUGCUCAACACAUCGUUGCACAACCCCAGCGUCAAGGAAAAGCCCAGCGUAGAGCAGUUUGUGGCCAUGAACCGUGGCAUCAACAAUGGAGGGGACCUACCAAGGGAGCUGCUGGCGAGCUUGUACGAGAGCAUUCGACAGGAGCCGUUCAAGAUACCCGAGGACGACGGAAAUGAUUUGAUGCACACAUUUUUCAAUCCGGACCGUGAAGGUUGGCUGUGGAAGCAAGGGAGCUCCAAGAUGAGUGGACGCUACAAGAGCUGGAAGCGCCGUUGGUUUAUUCUCAAUGACAACUGUCUCUACUACUUUGAGUACACCACAGACAAGGAGCCACGAGGUAUCAUCCCCUUGGAGAAUGUACAAGUGAAGGAAGUUCAGGACAGACACAAACCUCACUGCUUCGAGCUCUACUCUGUGGGGAGUGACCUCAUCAAGGCCUGCAAGACAGACUCUGAGGGCAAGGUGGUCGAAGGAAAACACUCUGUCUACCGCAUGUCUGCAGCCACCAGUGAAGAGAAGGAGCAGUGGAUUCACUGUCUCAGGCAAAGCAUAAGCCACAACCCAUUCUACGACAUGCUGUCUGCACGCAAAAAGAAAGCCCAGUUUCAUAGCCUCAAGUGAACCAGUCAUUGGGAUCUCAGUCUGCAGUCUAGUCAGGGUUUUUGUUUCUCUAUUUCUGUACAUAAAGCCUUGCCCUCGAGGGCUAAUAAAAGCUUCAGGUUUCUAAUUCGA